AUGUUUCGCUCUGCCGUGUCCCUUUGCCUGUUUUUGGCGCCACUAGCACUGUCUCUACCGCAGCACGCAUCGAAUCGCACUGACAGCCUUCUGUGCCAUUACUUGCCGCAGGAUUGGCAAUGGCCUUCUGUCAAAUCAUGGAGCCGGCUCAAUGUGACAGUGCAAGGCCACCUCAUUGCGGGCGAGCCUCUGGCACAUGUCUGUCACGGCCCAAACUACGACGCUGCGGCUUGCACCGAUCUCGCCAACCAAUGGACAGAGCAAGCUCCCUAUUUUUCGGACCCGGUUAACGUCAUGUCGCCGUUCUGGGCGAACAAUACCUGUACUCCCUUUACAAGCCCUGCAGCCCCAUGCCUGCUGGGCAACUAUGCGUCAUACGCCAUCAACAUCAGCAGCGCCGCUGAUGUUGUCGCUGGGCUGCAGUUUGCAAAAAAGCAGAAUAUACGUGUGCAGGUCAAGAACACGGGACACGACUACUUGGGUCGAUCUACCGGCCAGGGCUCGCUGGCACUCUGGACACACAACCUCAAGACAAUCAACUUUCUCAACUACACGAGCGCUAGGUACAGCGGCCCAGCUGUCAAGCUCGGUGCAGGUGUACAGGCCUUUGAGGUGUACCCCAAAGCUGCGGCGCAUGGUCUGCGGGUCGUGGGAGGCUAUUGUCCGACCGUGGGAAUUGCAGGCGGGUAUCUCCAGGGCGCAGGACACGGUCCCCUUCUCGGCACAUACGGACUUGCAGCAGACAACACGCUCGAGGUCGAAGUCGUCACAGUCGAUGGCAAGCAUCUAGUUGCCAGCCCAACCCGGAAUUCUGAUCUAUUCUGGGCUCUCAACGGUGGAGGCGGCGGCAACUAUGGCAUUGUCCUUUCUGUGACGACGCGCGCGCAUCGCGACGGGCCUGUUGCCGGAGCGUCGCUUUCAGUGAGCGCGCCGGCGAAGAACAAUACAGAGGCCCACUGGAAAGUCGUCGAAGCCUGGCAUCGCCAUCUCCUCUACCUCGAUGCGCUGCCUGGGUUCACGAGCGUCUACCACAUCUCCAACACGACCUUUCAGCUCAGCCAAGCGACGUAUGCGGAUCAUGGGCUGGCCGAUAUUCAAAGCGCGCUUGAUCCAUUUUUGAAACAAGUCAAGCAACUCGGACUCAACUACACCCUGGAGAAGAAUGUCCAGCCCACCUACUACGAGCACUACGUCAGGUACAACCCCAAGCUCCCGUACGGAUCGUACUUUAACAACGAAACGAUCGGUGGACGCCUGAUCAGCCGCGACGUCGUCAAGAGCAACCUGCCCGCUGUCAUCAAGGCCCUUCGCAACAUUACCAAUUCUCGAGGCACCCCGUUUGUAAAUGGGGUCGCUGGAAACGCAGGCCUGCGCGCGCGCGUGGGCAGGCUGCCGAGCACCAAUGCAGUGCUGCCCGCCUGGCGCGACGCCCUGUACCAUUUGAUCAUUGAAAUGGUGUAUCCGGGGGAUGCGGCCACCGCGCAGCUCGUGUCGGUGCAGGCCGACAUGAAUGCCCACCAGGAUGUCUUGCGUGCGGCGUCGCCCGGCGGCGGCGCAUACAUUAACGAGGCCACCUUUGACAAUGCGCACUGGAAGGAAGACUACUUUGGGGCAAAUUACGACAAGCUGUUGCAGGUGAAGAAGCGCUAUGAUCCUCAGUUUGUGCUCUAUGGGCCAGCGUCGGUGGGGAGCGACACCUGGGUCAGAGAGGCUGAUGGUAGACUGUGUAGAAAGUAG